AUGGGUUUGAUAGCUCUUUUCACGUUCGUUCGAUGGUUCGUUUGCCGUCAUACUCACAAAGUACUUGGACCAAAACCAAAAUUAGAACGAAAGGCGAAUACAGAUAUCGAUGCUCGACCUUCGCGUCCACUUCCUACUUUGCCUGAUGAAAUUUGGCGAGAUAUCUUUUUGUUGGUCGCUGAACCGACUUACAACACUCCUCCAUGCUGGCAAAGAGGUUACGACGGAUACAUGAUGACUGGUGGAAACACUUCUACCGGUAAAGAUCUAGCAACGUGUAUGAGACUUUCAACAACAUUCAAUAGAGUCGCUUCCGACAUACUCUAUAACGAGAUUACCACUUCCGACCCAUAUAGGUUCUUCUACGGUAUCGAUCUUACACCCCCUGUGGGUAACAGGAUAUCGAAGGUCCAAUGUCUGUCUAAAGUCAAGCGUAUCUCCCUGGUAUAUCCUGAAUCCUAUUCGAAAUCUACUCCAUCUUUCUCAGGUGAUUUUGAAUGGAUGAACCUCUCGAUUUAUAGGAUGCCACAAAGUCAGGAAGAUAUGAAGUACGUCAAGAUGUACCUUCAAGCUUUGGAUAGCGCAUCGCAUGCGUAUCAAUUAUUGGCAAAGCUCAGAACGGAAGGAUCGAUGGAGUUGGGGGUUAAAAUGGGAAAUAUCGGAAAUAUUAUGAUUGGUAAAAUGCCUUACAUGGCUACCAACUGCCUUUGGUUAUUUAACAAAACUGCUAUUGGGAAAUUAUCAGGUGCGAAACCUAAACCUUCUCUUGAGGAUAAAAUUGUCAAAGAUUUACUGGAAAGAAAAGGAGAAAUCUCAAUGGGAUUAUCAAGAGAAUUGGCUCAUAACACCUCGUCCAGUCAAUAUCGACAAGUAUGCUAUCAUUCGAAUUUCGGUCCCUGGAGUUAUCUUCCUUGUCCAUCUCCACAUCCAGUGAUCUCAGGAGAGACCAAAUAUGCUCCGACACAAAUCAACGUAUUUAUGAACAAUACGGGAAAAUUCUUCGGCAAAUCGCCAUACAUCUUUCAAGGUACAACGAACAAUUGGAUCGUUUGUAAAAGUCUUUUCCCCCCUUAUUCGGCUAAUCAAUGGACAUCUUCGAUUGACGAACGACUCAGCUUCGUCGUACAAGCAUUACUCGGACACUUCCGAAAGAUCAUCUCAAAAUUUGCAAACAAGUUGCCAAACCCUCAAGGAGCAAAGGACAACAGAAUCAGACACACAAGGUUGAAUAUUAUCUUACCUGUUGAUUUUAACGUGCUCAGAAUCGUAGCGAACGACCUCAAGUGGAAUACUAAUCCAACGGUCACAACUCUUACCAGAGGUGGAGCUUCACAAAAAGAUAGAAUGUUUGUAUAUAGCAGAUUGGAAGGAUGGUUAAUGAAUAAAGGUGUGUCUUAUUAUCAUGCUAGAGGUUUAUCUAUCCAUGUUAGAGAAUCUACCGAAAGUCAACCCAUCAAUUCGGUGGAAUGUAGCUGUUGUGGAUCGAUUGAACAUGAUGUUUAA